AGAGGGUGUGCGGCCCCGUCGGCUCAGAGAGGGAGACGGGCCAGGCCCGAAGACGCAGCCGAGCGCUCGGCGCCCUCCCAGACCCGUCUGCGCCGCCAGCCUCGCCGCCCAUGCAGCGCCUCAAGGUCGUGGCCGAGCACGUCGCGCCAGCCGACGGCGAGGGAGCAGCGGGCGCCCGGCCGCGGCAGGGCCCUGUGGCGGCGAAGGCCCACCACAAGAAGAUCUGGUACGCGCCGUACAAGUUCGAGGCGUACGGCGAGGAGGAGAUCAAGGCGGUCGAGGCCUCGCUGCGGGACGGCUGGCUGGCGCCGGGGCCCCGGACCGAGGAGUUCGAGAAGAAGGUGGCGGCCAUCUUCGGCAAGAAGUACGGCAUCAUGGUGAACUCUGGCAGCUCGGGCAACAUGAUCGGUCUGGCCUGCCUGGGCCUCGAGAAGGGCGACGAGAUCGUGACCCCUGCGUGCACUUUCUCGACAGCGGUGGCGCCGAUCGAGCAGCUCGGCCUGAAGCCUGUGUUCUGCGACGUCACUCCCGAUCGCUAUGUUCCCGAGGUAGAUGAGAUCCUCAAGAGAAUCACGCCCAAGACCAAGUGCGUCUUCAUUCCCAAUCUGGCUGGCAGCAAGAUCGACUGGAAAGACCUCCGCGCCAGGAUCCCAAAGGGCAUUUACCUCUUCGAAGACUCGUGCGACAGCAUCACCUACACCGCGGAGUCGGACAUCUCGGUCAUCUCGUUCUACGCAUCCCACAUCAUCACCGCUGGGGGCCUCGGUGGUGUAGUCAUGUUCAACGACGAGAAGCUGAGGGACAGGGCCCUCAUGUUUCGCGACUGGGGCCGGAUCGGCAACAACUCCGAGGACAUGUCCGAGCGCUUCGGCCACGCCGUGGACGGCAUAGAGUACGAUUUCAAGUUCCUCUACGGCUGCGUUGGCUACAACAUGAAGGCGUGCGAGAUGAACGCGGCGUUCGGGCUUGCGCAGUUGGAGAAGUUAGACAGGUUCACUAAGGCCCGCGCCCGCAACAUCAACCGAUACGUGGAAAACCUGAAGAAGGCGGGCGUUAGGUACGUCCUGCCCCAGCGGCACGAGGAGUACGACUGGCUCGCGUUCCCGCUCCUCUACCACGACCGCAAGGGCAUCCUCCAGUACCUCGAGAGCAACGGCGUACAGAUCCGCGUGUUCUUCGCGGGCAACAUCACGAGGCACCCGGCCUAUCGCCAGUACUUGCAGUCUUUCCCGGGCUCCGACAGGGUCAUGAAGGAGGGCUUCCUGAUAGGUGCUCACCACGGCCUCGAGCUUGAAGACAUCGACUACGUCUGCGAGCUGCUCAUCGAGUACGACAAGAAGAACGGCGCGGUCUCCGCUGGUGCAGCAGUCACGGACGUCAAUGAGAGGGACUCCAUCAGCCUCGACCUGUGAGCUGGUCUGGAUGUCGGAUCCGGGGCCAUCGCCUCCUUGCCACACUGCUGGCGCGGGCUGCGCUUCUGCUGGGAGUGCUGCAGCGCCGAGGUGCUCUUCCUUGGCCCUGGCCCUCCUUCGCUCGAUGAUUUCGAGCAUCGCCCUCGCAGCCGACUCGAAUCUGGACAUCCCCGGCCCAUCCGUGGCCGACGGUUCUUGGGCUCCGCGUUGGGCCCCCUCGCUCGCGCAGGACGGGCAGACCUGUCUGCACGUCCUGCACGGGGGGGCACGCCACGCCGCUGCUGCUGCCUGCGCCAGCGGCGCGAUAUUUUCCAAUGGCCGGCCGAGCCCUCCCGCGCGUCUCCUCGCGCGCUGGCCCGUGCGAUUAGUGUGGUUGGACGCGCUGGCUUACACAGCAGCCGAGGCGUCUUGCCCGCGCUGGCCCGACCCAAUCCGCAUUCAGAGGAGGUUCGAAA